CCGGCCUCGGUGGCAGCCGCGCGGUCGGACGGCGGCAGCGGCAGCAGCGGCGCCACCAUGAGCGGGAUGACGGCCGAGCAGCUCCUGCAGCAGCGGCUCCUCCGCAGCCGCCUGCGGGGCUCGGCGCAGCACCUGGCCGGCGGCCCGCCGCCCCAGCCGCUGCUGCUGCCGCCGCCGCCGCCGCUCUCCCCCCCUUCCCCCCCCGACUCCCCUCCCCCGGGGACGACGCCCGCCGAGAUCCCCGCCGGGCCGCGCUGCACCAGCGAGACGUGGUGCUCCUUCUGCCGCAUGUACUGCCCGGACCCCGUGUGCCUGCCCUGCGGCCACAACUUCUGCACGGGCUGCAUCGGGCAGCGCCUCGGCGAGCCCAAGCUCAACAUCUCCUGCCUGGAGUGCGGCGCCACCGCCCGCAAGAGGAACCUGCGGCCUAUCAAGCCGCCGCCGCUGCUGGGCAGCCUCGGCGUGGAGCGGGCCAAGCGGCAGAGGCUGGACUCGACGGGAGGAGCGGCGCCGGCGGUCGUGAUCCCGCCGCCGCCCGUGGCCGCGGCGGCAGCAAGCGCAGCGCCGCCGGUGGCCGCGGCGGCGGCUGCAGCAGCAGCAGCAGCAGCAGCAGCGCCGCCGCCGCCUCUCCCGCUGCUGUCUCUGGCCCCGACCCCGCCGACGCCUCCGCGGCCGAAGACCCCCACGCCGAAGCCCCCGUCGCCGCCUCCCUCCCCAGCGCCGGGGAAAAGGACAGCGGCGCCGCUGCCGCCCACGCCGCCGGCGGCCGGAGGAGCGGGAGAUGCGAACGGGGGGCGGCUGUGCGACAAGCACCGCGAGGUGCUCCAGUUCUUCUGCGAGGAGGACCAGGCCCCGAUCUGCGCCCACUGCGACCGGUCCCAGGAGCACCGGGCUCACACCAUCUUCCACGUGGAGAGGGCGGCCCGGGACUACAGGCCAUUUUUAUCUGCUCAGGAGCAGGUUCAGACGCAACUAGAGAAUCUGAAGCAGGAGAAGAACUCUCUGUGGAACCAUAAGCUGAGUGAAGAGAAGAAAAUCCAGGAGUACAUGGAAAAGGCCCAAGCCGAGAGGCAGGAGAUCAUAUCUGAAUUUGAGUGCCUGCACCAGUUUCUGAAAGAUCAGGAACAACGGCUUCUAACCCGGCUGGAAGAAUUGGAGACAGAGAUAGAGAAGCGGAAAGAAGAAAGCGUUGCGAGGUUCUCUGAAGAGCUUUCCCGUCUCGGUGAUCUGCUCGCUGAGAUGGAGGUGAAAAGUAAGCAGCCCGCAAGUGAAUUUCUGCAGGACAUCAAAAAACUCAUGAGCAGGUGUGCGGCAGGGCCGUUUCAGCUUCCUGAAGAAGACUCUCCCAACCUGGAAGAGAGACUGGGUGACUUCUCUCGGAAAAGCACAGCUCUGAAAAAGACUUUGGAUAGAUUUCAAGAUCAUGUGAUUGCUGCUGUGGAGAAAGCGGAGAUUGCAAAAACUGUGAAUGACAAAGAUGUGACUCUUAAUCCAGAUGUUCCAAGUGCUCUUCUGUUUUCGGACCAAAGAAGCAUGGGAUACGAAGGGCCUCAGCACAAGCUGCCUGCCUUAGAAUACAUCCCCGACACCCCCAAGAGUUUGGAUUCCAGGGCUUUGGUUCUGGGCUGUGAUGGUUUUACCUCUGGGCGAUAUUUUUGGGAGUUGGAAGUGGGCGAUGGGGAUUUCUGGGCUGUCGGGGUCACCCGAGAUCCUUCGGGCAAGAAGGGGAUGAUGAACUUCAGCCCAGAGGAAGGGAUUUGGGCUGUGGGGUUGUGGAAGGGCCAGCACUGGGCGCUCACGUCGCCCGUGACUGCCCUGUCUCUGAGCAGCCACCCCAAGAGGAUCAGAGUGUCCCUGGACUAUGUGGGCGAGUGUGUGACCUUCACUGAUGGUGACACGGAGGACCUCAUCUUCACAUUCCCACCAGCCUCUUUUAACGGGACACGUUCCCAUCCUUUAUUGUGGGUGGUGGGGUUCCCAGCCCAGACCGUGUUUCUGAGGCACAUGGGGGUGAAAUACCCAACUGGAGUCCAUGAAAUGGACAUCUUGAGUCCAUAACACUUCAAAAAAAAAACCUUUCCAUGGGUCCAGUGUAGGAAACUAAUCUCCGUCCUGCCAAAGUACAGAAGGGAGCAGUUUGGGAGUCAGAUGUUGGAAAGUCUUUCUUUUUUUAA